AUGUCUCUACCACUGUACAAACGCUACGAAAUUGUUUUUCUCGCCACCCACAAGAAUGGUCCGCAAUUUGGUCCCAACAAGAUUGCCAAAAUCGUGAAAUGUAAUCGAACCACCGUCACUCGCUGGUUAAAUCGUUGGGAAGAAACAAAAGAUCUCUCCGAUCGUUCUCGACCUGGAGCGCCUCGAACGACUACUAUUGAACAAGAUCAGAUGAUGGUCAAUAUGGCUCUUACAGAAAUUGAUGGAACGAGCAAAACAAUCGCUGAAGAACUUCAGAAUAAUGAAGUUAAUGUGAGUGACCGUACAGUUCGACGACGACUAAGGAAUGCUGGCCUCAAGUAUUCAAAACCUUUAUCAAAGCCUCUCCUUAGCGAACAUCAUCGACAACAACGCCUAGCAUGGGCUAAAUCAAUGAAAAAUGACGAUUGGAGUCGAGUAAUGGUCACUGACGAAACAACAAUUGAGCUCAAUGCUAAGCGAAAGUACACUUGGCAGCAUCCUGGUGAGCGAAAAGUUGUCCGAACAAUCAAAUAUCCUGUAAAAGUCAACGUUUGGGGCUGUUUAUCAUCAAAGGGAUUUGGACGAGUGUUUUGUUUCCAGAACAACUUAAACAGUGAAUUCCUUUGCCAAAAAAUCUAUCGAAAAGCUCUGCUUCCUUCAGCUCACAAACACUUUGGAGAAUCUCAGUGGUUUUUACUCGAAGACAACGACCCCAAACAUCGAUCGAACUAUACCAAGAACUGGAACUCUACUCGACAAAUUGUAACUCUACCCUGGUCAUCUUUGAGUCCUGAUCUCAAUCCUAUUGAAAAUUUAUGGUCUCUACUCAAGGUAAAGAUUGCUCAACGACGACCAACUACACACAGAGAUUUGAUUACUGCUAUAAACAACGAAUGGAAGAAGCUGCCAAAUGAACUCGCAUUCAAUCUUGUGAACAGCAUGAAAAGUCGUAUUCAGGCGGUGACUGCUUCGUCUGGUGAUUAUACUCUUUACUGA